AUGUUUCAACUAUACCGAAGGAUAAAAUGGCUAUACCAAGCGUUCCAUCUUAGUUACUGGCUUCCUUUCCUGACUCUCGCUUCAUAUACCGUGAUUGGAGCGUUUAUUUUUCAACUUCUUGAGAGAGAUAGGGAUGAAGAGCUUAGAGAAAACUAUAGGAAUAGAACUGAUUAUGCAUUGAAUCAAGUAUUAGAGAGAAUGUUGGAAGUUCGUUGUCACGAUGUGCUGAUCAAAGCAGAUAAAGCUUCACAGAUUCAUCAUGCUAAAGAAGCUCUUUAUUGGUUUUUGGAUCAUUUGAAUUUGACACAAGUUAUUGACGAAAAGACAGAUGACACACCAUGGACUUGGUUGGGAAGCAUGUUUUAUGCGGGCCAAUUAUAUACAACUAUCGGCUAUGGAUAUCCAACAGCUCAAACAACGGGAGGAAGAGUUGCCAGUAUAUUCUACAUUCUGUUCGGCAUUCCAAUCUUUCUCAUAAUUUUGAAGGAUAUGGGACAACUGUUAUCACGAGGUCUUCGUAAACUCUAUAAGAGGAUGGGAGCUUCUCGAAAGAAAAUCGUAGAGGUGACACCUAUCAGGAAAAUGUCUAUACCUGGACUAAAUAAAACAGGGAAGACCAAUAAGACUAAUGAAGAGCUCACCGAUGGGUUCACCAAUAAGAAGAACCAUUAUCAUGAGAAAGGGUUUCCGAUUCCUAUCGCUCUUUCCAUCUUACUUCUUUGGAUUGUAUUCUCAGCUUCAUUGUUUUGUAUUUGGGAACAUCAAUGGGGGUUUCUGACUUCCGUUUACUUCUUUUUCGUCUCCAUAAGCACUGUUGGCUUGGGCGACAUCGUUUUUUCAAAUCCGGACAUGAUGCUCUUCAACUUUAUUCUAAUUCUAAUAGGAUUAGCCUUAUUGUCAAUGUGUUUUAAUCUAAUUCAGGCAUCGUUAGAGAGAUUAUUAGAUCGUUUGCUCGAAGAAUAUAUUGAAGAGAUCGAGAAAAUGGCUGAGAUUGUAGCAAAUGAAGAAUGUUUGGAAGAAGAAGCCAUUCCUUUAGAGUUUAAAAUGACUGGUAACUUGUUGACUUUACCGAUGAAGAGAGUUACACAUGACAACGGAUUGAUUGCAGAGGCAAAGGGGUGGAUGGCUGGAAGGAUAGCAGAGAAUUUACUGGCUUCUCGUCUUGGUCCUAUAAGCGAUGAAUCUGAUUCAGAAAAUGAGGAAGACGUUAAAACCAACGAAGAAAUAAAGAUCGAAAACGGAAAACCAGAUAAAGGAAAAACUUUAAACGCUCGUAGAAACUCAUCUAAGAUAGCUUAUAACAUGGGAAGAUAUCGCUUUCAUCGUAAUAGACCUUUGUUCAACACAAUCAGAACUUUGGACAAAAUCAAACCACAACAGGGAGAUUUUAGAGGAAUGAUUCUCUCGAAGUUCAUUCAAUCGGAUAGAUUGAACAGAAUUGUUGAUGAGGGGAAUGCGCAAGGUCCAAUGAUGGUUACAACAAGCUGUCAGACUGACCUUCCAAGCUUCCCAACAGAUUGUAGUUAUUCCGAUUUAGAAAGACUCAAAAAAGGAAGACGUUGGAAAACAAUUAGAAAAGAUUCGAACUCUUCUUUCUCAACCGUCUAUACUAAUAGCAUGAUGGUAGACGAUGAAUCCCUGCUUUCAGCUGCGUAUUGUGACUUAAAGUUUGAUUACUCAACGGAAGUAACUAGUCCAAUUCUGAAUAUGAGGUCAACGUUAUCUAUUUUCAAGGUUGACGAUGAAGAGCCUGCUCUACCAAGUGAACUAUUCAAAACCAGUGUUCCUGCCUACAGAUCUCCUCCGCAAGUACGUUUGAAUUCAAACUUAGACAGUGUCAGAGAACGACUGUCACCAAGAUCUGAAAAAGUUAGGACCCGGCUUCAGCAUUUUGCAUCAGAUUCAAACUUAAAAUGUAACAACUUGCUGAAAGUAGAGAACUCUGAUGAGAGCACAUUAGAACGUAUUUGUGGUCUACUACCUAAAGAUUUUGAAAAUGUUUCAAACAGAAGCUCAGCAAUGGCAGAUUCUGGAUACGAUAAGUCUUCUGAAGCACGAGACUUGGUCCAGAAGCCUGAUAUUGAUGUAGAUGAGGUGUUGUAG